UUCUCUGUGAUCUGUUAGCAAUCCUGCUCAUACAAGAGCAUUUGAUUAGUCUUGUCUAUUCGCUAAGGAAACGCCGGUGUAGUAUGCAAGUUACACGUGGGGGUGCCUAGGGCUAGUCUUUACCAGUGAAUAAUUUCAUUUGAUUGUAUUUCUGUUGUACGUAAAAGGGAAUAGGGAUCCUGCAUACCACAAUACAAGUGUCUGGCUAGUUAGCCAGCUAGAGCUGUCACAUUUUGCAAUGGCGGACAACGGAGACGACAUAGAUGCAGAGUACAGAAUCCGUGAUGGUGAUUAUGUUGUGUUGAAGCGAGGUGAUGUUUAUAAAGCUGCACAGAUUCAAAAGAAAAGAAAAAUCGUCUUUGAAAAACAAUGGUUCUUUCUCGAUAAUGCCGUGGGACAAUUGUACGGGACGACAUUUGAAAUCGAAGCAGGUGGAGCCAUGAAACCACAUUCAGCGAAGCAGGAUGUCAGUGCUGCAGACAGAGAUGGAAAGAAGGCAGGAACUGAUAACAGGAACAUUGUAGAUGAUGGCAAAUCUCAAAAACUCACCAGGGACGACAUUGAGACAUUAAAAGAGCAGGGCUUGAAAGGACAGGAGAUUGUACAACAACUGAUAGACAACAGCACAACAUUUAAGGACAAGACAGAGUUUGCCCAAGAGAAGUACAUCAAGAAGAAAAAGAAAAAGUAUGACAACAAUGUGACUGUGCUGAGGCCCUCCACACGGAUACUGGCUAUGAUGUACCAUGGCAGAGAACCAGGCAAAAUAUGUCACCUGCGCUAUGACACACUGGCUCAGAUGCUGGCGCUGGGCAACAUCCACGCCGGCAGUAAGGUGCUGGUGUUUGAAACCUGCGCUGGACUGGUGCUGGGAGCCGUCAUGGAGAGGAUGGGAGGCUAUGGCUCAGUGAUCCAGUUCUACCCUGGUGGAGGGCCCACACGGGCGGGCAUGGAGAACUUUGGCUUCCCCCCUCACUUCCACCAGACACUGCACGAGUUCCCCCUCUGCAAGGUGAACGCCUUGUUGGCCGGCAGGCUGGAGGCGGAGGAGGGCCCAGAGGCUGCCGGUGAACCCCAGGAGGAGGCCUCCAGCGGGGCAGAGGUUAAGGAGGAGGCCCCUGAGGAGACCCAGGAGAUGGAGGUCACUGCAGAGGGAGACGAGUCCAAGGAGAAGGAAAGGCAGGAGAGGCGUCGGGAGAGGAAGGUUUAUGAGAGGAAAGUGAAGAUGGAGGAGAAGAGGAAGAAGCUGACUGCCACUGCAGCACUACUGGAGGAAAGGCAUGCAGAUGGGCUGGUGAUAGCGAGUCGGUUCCACCCCUGCCCGGUGCUGCUGGGUCUACUCAAGUUCCUGGCCCCCUCCAGGCCGUUUGUGGUGUACUGCCAGUACAGAGAGCCUCUGAUUGAGUGUUACACUAAGCUCAGGGAACAGGGCGGAGCCAUCAGCAUGCGAUUGACAGACAGCUGGCUCAGGCAGUACCAGGUGUUGCCAAACCGGACACACCCUGUCCUCCUGAUGAGUGGGGGCGGGGGCUACCUCCUCACAGGGACCACCGUUGCCACGGAUACCGCCAAAGCCACGACGAAGCAGGCAAAGGAAGAGGAGCCAGCAUCCAAGAGGAUCCGCCUGGAGGAGAUGGACGGUGCAAGCAGCAACAACUCUGCCUAGCACCGCGAUCUGAUUGGACAGAGAAGUGCAGAAACGGAUGCAGACUCCGUGCCAGAUCUCCGUCGGAAUCAGCAACUUCUUGUCUGGGUGCCACAGAGGAUGUGCACAAUCACUUGCUUAUUUUUUUUUAAUACUACAAAGAGUGUUUUUAUUUUUUGCUUUUGUGUCUUGCCUCCCACAAUGCUUUGUGGCGUGUGGAUUGUGGGUUAUUUAUGUCUGUGAGACAGGAAGUGCCAUGCUAAAGUUGAACUAACAGGCAUAUAAGGUUCACUCCUGGACACAUUGUCUGCAUGUACAGGACUUUGAAUAAAACAGAAUAUAUAAAAACAA